AUGGCUUUGGAAGACCAUAUGGAGCGUUUAAGUGUUGCCCCAGUAGGUUCCAACCCAAACGUAGCCGCUCCGCUUCGGAACCCAGUGAUGGUUCAGCAACCGUUGAAGGUACCGAUUCCGACUUUCGACGGUAAGUACGAAAACUGGUCAAAGUUCAAAGUCGUGUUCAGAGACCUGGUAGAUAACACAGCCGACCCUCCCGCCAUUAAGCUUUACCACCUAGACAAGGCCCUGGUGGGCAGUGCCGCUGGAAUUAUUGAUGCCAAGACGAUCAACGAUGGCAAUUACAAGCAUGCCUGGGAGAUACUGCAGGAACGGUAUGAGAACCUACGACACAUGUUCGUUGUGCACCUGCUCUCCGAAGCCCUGGAUAAGGAAACAAGAAGACGAUGGGAGGCUACCAUCAAGCAUGGAGAGCUUCCAUCAUACGAUGCAACCAUCAAGUUUCUGAAGGAGCAGUGUUUCAUCUUGGAGAGAUGUGAAACCUCCAAUUCAAAGGAGAACCAACCAGCAAAGAAGUCUGUUAAGAGUACUGGUCAGCACUCACUGGUUACCACGUCCGCCAGCGAGUCAAAGUUCAAGUGCGAGUUCUGCGGUGAUUCCCAGCACAAAGGGUUCAGGUGUCCCCAGUUCUUAGCCAUGUCCGUUCCCCAGCGACUCGCGAAGGUGCGAGAAAGGAACGUUUGCUUCAACUGUCUUAGACAUCGCGGAUCAGACUGUCCUUCCAAUGGAACGUGCGUUAAGUGUCAGCGUAAGCACCAUAGCCUAUUGCAUGCGGACAGUCAGCCUUUUAAAGCAGCGGAAUUUCCCGACGAAACGAAGUCAUCCAGACCAGCAGCACAGGUUCAAGCACCGAAAGCGGAUGAGCAACGGCCGUCUACUAGUACACAAGUGACGACUGCAGCUUGCUCAACAAACAAGGGACUAGUAGUUCCAUCGGUCCUACUGCUAACCGCAGUCGUAAACGUGAUGGACAGAAACAAUCACCCACACCCCUGUCGUGUUUUAUUGGAUUCUGCUUCCCAGGUAAAUCUGAUUUCACAAGGCAUGGCAGACCGUCUCGGUUUAGAUGGAUAUCAUACAAACGUUAGAAUUGCUGGAGUUGAUGGAAUGCUGUCUCGUACUGACAAGGGUAUCGAAGUGCAGAUCCGAUCCAAAUACCUGGACUAUCAGCUGAAGCUCAAUUGCUUGAUAACCAAAAGGGUGACAUCAAAUCUUCCAGUUUCGAAUAUAGACAUCCGUUCAUGGGAGAUUCCAGCUGGAGUUCAACUGGCCGAUCCAUCAUUCAAUUCUACUGGCGGGAUUGACAUGCUAAUCGGCAAUCAAUGGUUCUUGAAGUUACUUCUACCAGGGCGCAUCAUACUUUCCGAAGAGCUUCCUAUCAUAACUGAAACGAAGUUCGGUUGGGUGGUAGGUGGUACACAUUGCAGCGAAGCCAUUCAGGAUAAUGUUCUGUAUUCACAUUCGGUUUCGAUCGAGGAACUUUGCGACUCGAUUCAGCGAUUUUGGGAAGUAGAGAGCGUUCCCCAGCAAUUCCAGUCAAGCACCGAAGAGGAUGAAUGUGAAAGGCACUUCAUAGCAACACACCGAAAAGAUGAAACAGGAAGAUAUGUGGUGCAAUUGCCAUUAAGAGAUUCACUGGAGCAGCUCGGAGAAUCCAGAUCGUUGGCGCUCCGACGAUUCUUCGGGUUAGAGAAACGUUUUGCCCAACAACCAGAGUUAAAACGGCAAUACGUAGACUUCAUGCAGGAGUACGAAUCCUUGGGUCACUCACCUUUUCUGGCAACAAGGGCACUUCUUCAAUUGGCAAUUGAUGAGAAGCACAAAUAUCCUCUAGCAGCUUCCAUUGUCGAGAACAGCUGUUAUGUGGACAACGCACUCUUUGGUUACGAUAGCCUUCCGCAGGCGUUUGAAGCUCAAAGGCAGCUAAUCAGCAUGAUGGAGGCCGGUGGCUUUCAUCUUCAUAAAUGGUCGUCAAAUAUUCCAGAGCUGCUAGAAUCGUUACCGAGAGAAGAUCGUGAAGAGUUAGUAAGUUUAAGCGAAUAUGGAGCAAAUGAAGUAAUAAAAACCUUGGGUCUUAUGUGGAAUCCAGAUUCAGAUGAAUUAAUGUUUGUAUCGAUGCCUACCACGAACGUAAAGCAGCCUACAAAGCGUCAGAUUUUGUCGCUAGUCUCCCAGAUGUUCGAUCCUUUGGGACUUGUGGCUCCUGUCGUCGUUAUUGGGAAAAUGUUAAUGCAAUUGGUCUGGAACGAGAAACUUGAUUGGGACGAGCCAAUUGUUGGUGAUUUGGUCAAAGGUUGGACAGGUUUCUUACAUGCACUGGAAGGGGUCAAUCAACUUCGGAUACCAAGAAGAGUGGUAAGCAGCAGUGCUGUGGCAUUCGAAAUGCAUGGGUUUGCGGAUGCCUCCGAUGUGGCCUACGGAGCUUGUGUAUAUAUACGGUCGAUAUCCGAAGAUGGAUCUGCAAGCAUGAAAAUUAUUAGUGGAAAAUCGAAAGUGGCUCCCAUCGCACCGCUAAGUAUACCAAGAAAGGAGUUGUUGGCAGCUCUUCUGCUGCAUCGUCUGGUAGUGAAAAUUCUUUCUGCUUUGAAAAUGUCAUUCAAUGAAGUGAUACUUUGGUCAGACAGUCAGGUAGUAUUGGCAUGGCUUACUAAGCAACCCGAGCAGUUGGAAUUAUGUGUUCGCAAUCGAGUGAGAGAAAUAACAGCAACUGGUACUAAGUUUGAGUGGAAAUAUAUUCCAACAAAGGAUAAUCCCGCUGACAUAGUGUCACGAGGGUUAUCAGCUAGCAAGAUAGCGAAUAGUGAUUUGUGGUGGAAUGGUCCAGCGGUUUUGAGAGAUGCAAUUUAUCGAAUGGAAAUUCCCCCACCCUUGCCCAUCGAAGAAAUCCCAGAGUUAAGGCCAAUCGUUUCGGUGAAUAUAGUCGCGAGGUACGACGAACUUCCAGUGUUCACUAAAUUCGAGUCAUUUAGGAAACUGCAACGCGUUCUAGCCUAUGUGCUACGAUUUCGCAACAAUGCCAAGAAAAGGAAGGAAAAUCGCGCUUUAGGAAAUCUACCAACAGUGAUUGAGCUUCGUGAGGCUAUGAAGACAUCAAUUCGGGUAGUGCAAAACCUGGAAUAUAGCAGCGAGAUCCAGCGUGUUUUAACAGGUGAGCCCUGCAAAUAUAUGCAAAAUUUGUGUCCUUUAUUGGACCGUGAAGGUUUACUGCGAGUUGGUGGCCGACUGCGCCAUUCCAAGCUACCAUUCGACGUGAAGCACCAGUGGAUUUUGCCAGAUAAUAAUCCGGUGGUUCGAAGUCUAAUCAAGGCAAUACAUCAGGAGAACCUGCAUAUAGGUCCGUCAGGACUGAUGGCGAUUCUUCGACAACAGUUUUGGAUCCCUAAGUGUCGCAACACCAUACGACUGAUUACGAGAAGCUGUGUUCGUUGUUUCAAGGUAAAUCCAAAAACAUUGAACCAAUUUAUGGGAGAUGUUCCUGGAUGUCGCUUGGAAAAAGCUCCUGCAUUUUUGAAGGUUGGUGUGGAUUUCGCCGGGCCCAUUAUGAUAAGGCAGGGCGUCCGUAAAUCAAUUCCAGUGAAGGGCUACAUUUGCGUUUUCAUUUGCAUGGUCACCAAGGGAAUACAUUUGGAGGCGGUGGAAAAUCUCUCGACAGUUGCCUUUCUGGCAGCUUUGCAACGUUUCGUGUCUAGACGUGGAGUCCCUGAGGAAAUUUAUUCCGACAACGGAACAAAUUUUGUGGGAGCAAAGAAUGAACUAAGGGAACUGUAUGAAAUGUUCAAGAAGCAAAUGACAGAGCAGAAAAUUUUUGAGUUUUGUCAGCCAAAACAGAUUCAGUGGAAGACCAUCCCACCAAAUGCUCCGCAUUUCGGCGGAUUGUGGGAAGCGGGAGUAAAGAGUGUGAAAACUGUGUUAAGGAAAAUUUGUAACCCAGCAUCACUUACCAUCGUUGAAUUCAGUACGUUGCUUUGUCAGAUCGAGGCCAUAUUGAAUUCGAGGCCGUUGUUUGCACACUCGGAUGAUCCUCAUGACCAGGAAGUCCUGACUCCGGGGCAUCUAAUGAUUGACCGUCCGCUUACAGCGAUUCCUGAGCCCACUUGCGAGGGCAUACCGCAGAAUAGAUUGUCGCGAUGGGAAUACAUUCAGGUUCUUCGAGACCAUUUCUGGAAGCGAUGGUCAAGAGAAUAUUUAGUUGAGCUUCAAGGUCGAGAAAAAUGGACGCGCAAACGUGUCAAUGUGCGCCCUGGAAUGAUAGUGCUAAUAAAGGAGGACAACUUACCUGCACAA